CCGCCGCACCACCACCACCACCACACCCCGCGCUCCCCACCACCAUCACCGCCGCAGCUCAACCCGGCGCCGCCAGCACCUACUCCACCAAAGCAGGCACCGGCUCUCUCCGUACCUCCGGCAUCGGCGCCGCCACCGACUCCAACCCCAACCCCCACCACUCCCAUCCCCACUCCCACCACCCCGCCGUCGGCGCCCACCUCCACCUCCCCCGCCACGCCCACCCCGGACGCCUACCCAUUCACCAACUACCCCUUCUUCCCCGCCGCCACGCCCCCUCCCCCCCUCCCGGAGCAGCCGUCCCCCGACGCAUCCCGCACCUUCCCGGCCAACAUCACCAACCUCGUCGCCCCCAACUCCCCCGCCCCCUCCGGCCCCCCGCGCCGCUUCCCGCUCUUCCAGGCGCUGCUCCUCGCCUUCCUCUCCCUCUUCCUCCUCCUCCUCUCCGUCCUGCUCUCCGUGCUCCUCUUCCGCCGCAUCCGCCCCGCCGCCAACGGGCCAGCCCCCUCCCACUCCGCCGCCUCCUCCACGCGCCGCGACGGCCACGACGACGACGCCGAAGAAGGCGACGACGACGAGGGCCGCAGCCUCAAGCCGCCCCCGAUGCCGACCUCCUCCACCAACCCCAGCACCGAGUUCCUCUACCUCGGCACGCUCGCCUCCUCCGCCACCCCACCGCCCCCAUCGACCCACCUCCGCCCGGGCUCCCCCGAGCUCCGCCCGCUCCCGCCGCUGCCCCGCACCGGUCCGCCCUCCGGCGAGUUCUUCGCCCCCCGCGCCGCCGCCAACCCGUCCUCCUCCUCCUCCUCCUCCUCCUGGCUCUCCCCCUCCUCACCCUCGGCCUCCUCCCCGACGCUCGGCUCCAGCCCUGCCCACGUCGCCCGCCCGCCCUCCAUCCAGCAGCCCCGCGGCCGGGCACCCAACCCCUCGCCCCCCAAGCGACGCCCUUCCCCGCCGCCCUCACCGCCGCAUCACUCCUGGAACCCCUUCGCGCCCGCUCCGCCGCCGCCGCGGGCUGCUCCCUCCUCCUCCGACGACGGCGGCGAGUCCUACACCACGGAAAUGCGCAAGUCCCGCCCGCUCCACUCGGACAAGCUCAAGCCCGGGUCUUUGCACAUGAAGGACGAGAUGAUCCAGCUCUACCUCAACAACUCGGCGGCGGCCAGGGAGGUGUGCUUGCUCGGCGCCCCGAGGUGUCGCGGCAUUGGGAUGGUGCUGGCCGCGUUGGGUGUCUCUCAGGAGCAAGUGCGUGAUGCCCUCUUGGAAGGCAAUGCACAUGGUUUGGGAUUAGAAGCGCUGCAGAUGCUUACUCAGUUGGUUCCCACCAACGACGAAGAGCUUAAGCUGAGAUAUUUCAAGGAUGAUCCACCUGCCAAGCUUUGCAAAGUUGAUGCAUUUCUGAAGACAAUCCUGGACGUACCAUUUGCAUUCAAGAGGGUGGAUGCUAUGCUCUAUGUCUCUAACUUUUAUCUGGAGGUCAAUCAGCUGAGAAUGUCCUAUGCUACUCUCGAGGCAGCCUGCCAGGAGCUGAGGAGCAGCAGGCUAUUCCACAGGGUUCUCGGGGCUGUUCUGAACUUUGGCAACCUGAUGAGCAUCAACACAGGUUCUCCAAACUCACGUGCCUUGGAGCCCAACACCCUUCUGAAGAUCGUCGACGUCAAGGGAGCCGACGGGAAGGCUGCGCUGCUACAUUUCGUUGUCCAGGAAAUCGUGAAGCCUGAAGGACACAACAGUCUGAACAUGAUGCACUCAGCAGGGUCAGCGGCAUGCAAAACGAACGUCGGCACUCUGCCGUAUGACGUCGAUUGCAGGAAGCACGGUCUUCAGGUCGUCGCCACGCUGGCCGUGGAGUUGACCAGCACCAAGAAGGCGGCGUCCAUCGAUGUAACGAGCCUCAGCAGGACCGUGUCGGAGCUAGGGGCUGGCCUCGGGAAGAUCCAUGACGUGCUGCGGCUGAACAGCAUGGCCGCUUCAGCCGAGAGCGCCCGGCGGUUCCACGGCGCGAUGGGCGCGUUCCUGCAGCAGGCGGAGGAGGCGAUCCUGGAGCUGCAGGCCCAGGAGAGCGUCUGCCUGUCGUCGGUGAAGGAGAUGGCCGAGUACUUCCACGGCGAUGGUUCAGCCAGCGGUGACGAGGCUCGCAUGUUCAGGAUCUUUGCGAGCGUCCGGGAGUUCGUUGCCAUGCUCGACAGGAUCUGUAGAGAGGCUGGUGAGAUCAACGACGGUGGUCGUGUGGGUUCGACACAGACAGCGAGCUGGAUGGCUGCUGCGCCGAUGGGAAUGACGAUGGCGACACCUUGAGCAACUGAUGGCUGUCUAUCUGGGAAAUGCCGAAAUGGUCUCAUCUUUCCCUGGGUAGGGGAUUUCAUCUUGCAUCUUUCAAAAUUAUUACAUAUGUAGCUGUUACUUAGUGUAAAUCAGGACAAUGCUAAGAAUGCUGGAGACGCUGGAUUUUUGUAUAAAGAAUACAGAUGCUUA